UGAAAAACUUUUAAAAUAUAAACUUGCAAUAUUUUAUAAUAUUUAAAAAAUUAAUUAUCGCAACAAAAACAAAUAAAAAAAAGUAAAUAAAAAUGUUUUUUAAAAUUCUAAUGUGGCUCUUUGCCAUAACCGCGUAUUUUUCUACACAAACGAAUUGCUUUGAGAUGAAUAUGACUGAUUACUACAAAAUGCCCAGCUUAUAUGAUUUUGACGAUUAUGAUCGCUGUUUGACGGAGUUCAAUAAUCUAUCGACUUAUUGCUUUGUACGGGCUGACGUUAUACCCAAAAAUGAUUCAGUGUCUUGGCGGGUUAUCACCGAGAUAUCAAAGUAUAAUAAGCAUCAUUUCAAUCAUCGUCAUCUGUACUUUGGUUUAUGCGUGAAAUGGUGUGAAGAUGCUUUAUCACAGUUCCAGGAAAAUGGGACCGAUGAACUUUUUGCUGGCAUAUUAACUAAUAACACAAAGGUCAAUGUAUAUUUGAACUUAUUUUCAUCAGAAGCUACAAAUCGUGAUCAUUACAAUAUUUUACUAAACAAGUGUCUUAACUUGAGACUGCAGAAAAACUAUGGCUUGAAAGCAGAGAGUGUUAUUGAAUAUUGCAAUACAAAUAAUAAAACUAUUGAGGAAGAUUCUUGGAAUUUGUCAUUUUACAUUGUGGUUUAUGUGCUGAUUUGCUUAGUUAUAUUAAGUAGCUCAUACGACUUUUAUCUGAAACACAAAUGUAACGAUAAAGUGCUAACAGAUCGAGACCACUAUAAGGCGCCACAAAAUAGUUUAAUUAAAAAAAUUUGUGUGACCUUUUCGGUAGCACGAAAUUGGUAUCGCCUAACACAAGAACCAACCGGUAAAAUUGGACGUGACCUACGCUUUUUGGAUUGUUUCAAAUUUUUUUGCAUGUUUUUGGUUGUUUUUGCACAUACAAAUUGGGUUAUAUUUGAGGGACCAAUUGGUAAUCCUUAUGAAGAAGAACAACUAUUACACACAUUAUCGGGGACUUUAUUAAUUUCUGGCGGCUUAAUUACACUUACUUUCUUCGUAAUUAGUGGAUUGCUAUUGACAAUUAAUUGGCUGGCACUAACUAAGGUUAAGAGUGAUCUAAGUUUACCGGAAUAUAUAGAGGCAUUUACUAAAUUCAACAUAUUUAGAUAUAUACGACUUACAGUGCCAUAUGGAUUCGUGUUACUUUUGAGCGGUGUUUACUUUGAAAAUUCUGGUGGACCUAUGUGGCGUCACAUUUUGGAACGUGAGCAGUUAUCGUGUCGCAAGAAUUGGUGGACAAAUUUGUUAUACGUUAACAAUUAUGUUAAUAAUAAUGAAAGGUGUAUGUUACAAGGUUGGUACUUGGCUGCGGAUACACAUUCUUUCAUACUGAGUUUGGUCCUACUUAUGUUGGCAAAUAAAUGGCCUAAAGUUCGUAACAUUCUUUUCGGUGUAGUCUUGGCAAUUUUCUACGUUAUACCUGGCAUUGUUGCUUAUGUUAAGAAAUAUAGUCCGAUUUUUAUAGCAACGCCACAAGCACAAAGAGAUUCCUUCAUUGAAAAUGAAGAAUUCGCCAAUUUUUAUGCGCCAUUCCAUAUGAAUUUCGGCUGUUACUUUUGUGGAGUUGUUGCCGCCUUGGUUUAUGAUAAGAUUUCCAGUCAACAAUUGAAAUUAGCUAAAUAUAAAUCAUUUCAAAUUCUUUGGUAUUUACUCAUACCAGUUGGUGUCUUGUGGAUGUUUUCGGCUCAUCCAUUAAUACAACACUACUAUAAGGUACCACCACGUUUCUGGGGCAGUGUGUAUGCAGCUAUGCAACGCAAUUCUUGGUCAUUCGGUGUGGCAUUCAUGAUUGUCGGAAUGUCAGCGAGACUAGGCUGGAUUCUACGUAGAUUUGCAUGCUUGCCAAUAUUUCGAAUAUUGGGACGUUUAACAUAUGGUGUUCUACUCAUACAUGUUUUUAUGGCACGUAUAGUGUUGGGUACAAUAAGAGAACCAAUUUAUUUCAGUACAGGAACGAUGUUCGCUUAUAUAUUCUUCAAUCUGACUGCAUCGUAUUUGGCAUCACUGAUAUUAGCACUAUUAGUGGAAUUACCAACUUCAUCUCUUUUGAAAUUAUUGCGUUAAAUAUUGUUAGUAUCUUAAAAGACUUGUACUUAGAUUUAUAAGAUUUUAUAUACAUUUAUUAAAUUAAUUAUGAUUAAGUUAACACUCUGUAUUAAGUUUAUAAUAAAAACC